AGUACUUGUUCAUGCACAUUCAACAUGGAAAUUGCCGAGGUUUGGGUUACUUUUACAGAGCUACAACCAUUAAAUGCAUCACUGGAUAAUAGUGUUACAAUUUCAUCAAUUGGAAACGCAAUUAUUCAGAAUACAAGCACCACGGUAUCGCCUUUCAGUAUUUCAGCAGCGUUGAUGAUGUUGAUGCUCGGUACGCAUGGGCGAACUAAAUCUCAAAUAUCGUCUGCUAUUUUCAGAGGCAGUACCAAGGAACAAGAUCAUUAUUUUUAUACAGUUCUUACGUCUAUUCUUCCAUCUCCACGUAAAGGACUGCGUGUUAAACUGGACAAUGAGGUGUUCGUAAAUAAUAGGUACACAAUCCAAGAUACAGUUUUAGAGAAAGGGAAAGAAUUUUUCAGGGUGAAUUUCAAAAGAAAAAAUUUCAGUAAAAGACCAAAAAAAUCCUCGCGGAUUUUAAAUAGGUGGAUUUCGAAAAAUACGAUGAAGAACUUUGACCAUUUGAUUCCAAAGGUAAUGUUGAAAGAACGAACAGUUGCAGUGUUUGUAAACACCGUUUCAUUUAAGGCAGAUUGGAAACAUAAAUUCAAUUUAAAUACUACAAUGCGGGAUUUUUACGUCAAUAAAUCAACAAAAAUUGAGGUAGACAUGAUGAGAAGCAUACAAAAAGUAAGAUAUGGACAACUAAAGGAAUCAGAAGUUUUAGUUUUACCAUUGAAAGGGGACAAGUUUGAUAUGGUUAUUAUCUUACCUGAAGACAUUAACAAAUUACAAGCGUUUGAAAAACUGCUUUCCAUCAAUGUUAUCAGAUACUUAAACUCAUCUCUGGUGUACCAAACAAUAGACAUUACACUUCCAAAGUUUGUUAUUUCCAAUAAAUUGGAUUUGAAGGGCUAUUUACCAAAACUAGGAAUAACUGAUAUUUUUAACAAGACCCACGCAGAUUUUAAAAAUCUCAUCAAUGAAGAAAACAGCAAAGUUUAUGUAUCGGAUGCAUUCCAUGACGUUGUUGUAAAACUUAAAGGCAAUAUUAGACAACAUUUACCGUUUAAAAGAGGCCAUGUGAAUACGACUUACUCUAAAUUCAUAGGAAAUCGACCAUUUUUAUACUACAUACUAGACAGAAAGAGUGGUGUAAUUGUAUUCAUGGGAAGGUUUUUAGGCAAAUGAUUUACUUGUUUAAUUUCAACAACAUAUACUCUUUAUAUCUAUUAA